GGUAAAAAAUAAGAGCGUCUGUUGAUUUAAACAACAUGGAUACAGAUCCCAAGCAACGCAGAAAAAUGAACCCAAGGUUCAAAGCAAACCUUUUUUCGGCACUAACGUUUGGAUGGACGCUGGAAACUUUUAUAAUGGGAUACAGUCGAGAUAUCAAAGAAGAAGAUCUUUAUGCUCCCCUACCAGAGCAUAGAUCUGACGUUCUAGGCGAUGCAUUGGAAAAUGCAUGGAAAGAAGAAGUCGAAAGUAGUUCUCAGAUUAUAAACAAGAUACCAAGUUUAAGAAAAGUGCUGUGUAAAGUUUUCGGGGCUGAGCUCUUGCUUUAUGGACUAAUUUUGGCUGCUAUGGAAUUCAUUAUUCGUUUGCAGCAACCACUAUUUUUGGGUCUUUUACUCCGCUACUACAGCCCGACACAAGAACUUUUUAAUCGGACGGUUUCCCAUUCAUAUCUAAAUCGGCUUUAUAAAUAUUACGAUGAAACGCAGCACUCUAGCCCCAUAUCGUGGUGGGAAGCCGUUUUCUUCUCCCUAGGAGUGGUAUUCUGCAGCAUGGUCAAUGUGAUGGUUCAACAUCCUUUCAUGAUGGGUGCGAUGCAUAUAGGCAUGAAGAUGCGUGUGGGAAUAUGCAGUCUUAUUUAUAGGAAGACACUAAGAGUGAAUCUUCGAGCAAUGUCGGAAACCCGAGGUGGAUCGGUAGUAAAUCUCUUGGCAAAUGACGUUAACCGUUUCGAUACGGGUCCAUUAUUUAUACAUUAUCUCUGGAUAGGGCCUAUUGAAACCCUGAUAGUCACGUUUUACAUUUAUAGGGAGCUAGGAAUGCCAGCAGUAUAUGGAGUUUGUAUGAUUUUAAUCGUUAUGCCUUUCCAAACUUAUCUGGGUUUUAAGACUGCGUAUUUUAGAAGGAAAACAGCGCAGAAAUCAGACGAAAGGGUUCGGUUGAUGGAGGAAAUAAUAAUGGGCAUAGAGGUCAUCAAGAUGUAUACAUGGGAGCAGCCGUUUCGAAAAGUUAUUGACUCUGUGAGACGGGAGGAAAUUCGCUACAUCAAGCUGACUUCAUACAUCCGUGGGAUAGUGAUGUCGUUCAUAAUGUUUACGUCUCGGUUUAGCAUAUUCAUCACUGUUCUUUUAUACGUUAUGUACGUUCAGAGAAUUACUGUUGAAAGUGUAUUCUUCCUCACUUGCUUCUACAACAUCAUCAAACAAACUAUGACGUUGUAUUUCCCGCAAGCUGUUGGACAGAUUGCAGAGUUAGACGUAGCUGUUCAGAGAAUCAGAGAUUUUCUAAUCAGCGAGGAGUGUCUCCUACCUUACCGUAAGGAUUCGACGAUAACCCACAUGAAAUCCAAACCAAAACGGCCGAAAAAACGAGUAACCAUUUCAGAAAAUCCAAAAUUGGGACACACUCAAAAAGCAAGCACUUCAAAAUACAAACUGAAAGAAGAAGAAACCGAUCAAAAGGACAUCGCAAUAAAGCUGCAAAAUGCAAGCAGUCGGUGGUUGAAAUCAUCGUCAAAGGAUGAUGUAGCGAAUGUAACAUUGAAUAUUUAUCAAAAAUCCCUUACGAUUGUCAUUGGAGCUGUCGGAUCAGGAAAGUCUACAUUGUUGCACAUGAUGCUCAAAGAAUUGCCAUGCUUAAAGGGGAGUGUGGAAGUUUUGGGAAACGUCAGCUACGCCAGUCAAGAUCCUUGGCUUUUUGUCGGAUCUGUACGUCAAAACAUAUUAUUCGGCAAGCCAUUCGACAAAGCGAGAUACAUGGAAGUUUGCAAGGUGUGCGCACUCGAGAGAGACAUAUCCAUGUUCCCGCAUGGAGACAAAACUAUUAUGGGGGAGCGAGGAGUAUCCCUUAGUGGUGGUCAGAGAGCCAGAAUAAAUCUAGCAAGAGCUGUUUACAAGGAUGCUGACAUAUAUUUAUUGGACGACCCACUAUCUGCAGUCGAUACGCAUGUUGCAAGGCACAUAUUUGAAAACUGCAUUAAAAAAUAUUUAAACGACAAGACUGUUGUGCUUGUAACACAUCAACUCCAAUUUAUCAAGUCAGUGGAUCAAAUUCUAAUAUUCAACAAUGGAAAUAUCCUUGCACAGGGCAAGCUUGAUGAAUUAGACAGCAAAGAACUGGCCAUCAUUCAAACGAUUCAAUACCACCCUCAAGAACCACGAACAGAGAAACUAGCAGGCAGUUUGAGUAAAAUCACAUUAGCCCCUACUACUUCGGUUUGGUCGCGAUGGUCCAUGAUGUUUGACAUCAAAGACCAAAAAAAGAUAGGCGAAGCUCAAACUGAAGGAAGGGUGGACGGAUCUGUAUACAAGAAGUACUUUUUAGCGGACUCGCCUUGCUGCUAUGUGCUUUUUGUGGUGUUCAUGUUUCUUUUAGCGCAGUUCUUCGCGAGUGCUAGUGAUUAUUGGAUCAGUCGUUGGAGUAUCGCCGAAGACCACCUAACAGGCGAUGCCACGAUGGACUACAUUCUUUGGUCACAAUACGGACUAAGUCGGGAUUAUUUCGCCCUAAUAUUUGGUAUAUUAACUAUUGCAACGGUCAUCGUCGCUUUGAUAAGAGCUAUAUUCUUCUUCUCGCUCUGCAUGAAGUCUUCGAUAAAAUUGCACGAUAACAUGUUCGACUGCGUUUCAAAUGCACCAAUGAGUUUCUUCCACAGCAAUCCCUCGGGACGGAUCCUGAACCGCUUUAGCAAAGAUAUGGGCUCCGUCGAUGAAUACUUGCCUCAGGCUAUGCUGGACUGUGUUCAGAUAAUUUUAAAUUUAAUGGGCGUGAUUUUGGUAAUAUUGAUAACGGAAGUAAUAUUUUUGGUACCGAUAGCAGCUACGUUGUUGAUAUUUUAUGCCUUUCGCCUGGUAUAUAUCAGAACUUCAAGUGCUAUUAAACGUUUGGAGGGAAUAACAAAGAGUCCAGUAUUUGGUCAUGUGAACGCGACAUUACUUGGCUUGCCAACAAUAAGGUCGUUUGAAGCAGAAAUCCUCCUGGUGAAAGAAUUUGACCGGCAUCAGGAUUUGCACAGUGCAGCGUGGUAUCUGUUCAUUACGACAAGUAGAUCGUUCGGAUACUUUUUGGACGUUGUUUGCCUUCUCUUUAUUUUCUGUGUAACGUUCAGUUACAUUAUGAAGACUGAUUUUGAAGGUAGCUGCGCGGGGCUGGUAAUAACUCAAUCUAUCUCUUUAACUGGCGUGUUCCAAUGGGGCAUGCGACAGUCCGCCGAAAUGGAAAACCAGAUGACCAGCGUGGAACGUGUGCUAGAGUACACACAAAUACCACGAGAGACCGCGCUUACGACUAAAUCGCAAACAAAAGCUCCAGAAAACUGGCCAUCAGAGGGCGCCAUUAGUUUCGAAAACCUUAGUCUGAAAUACACUCCGGAUGGAAACGAGGUUCUUCACAAACUUAAUUUGGAUAUUCUACCACAAGAAAAGAUCGGCAUUGUAGGAAGAACGGGUGCUGGUAAAUCGUCAAUAAUACAAGCGCUGUUUCGCUUGGCGUACCUAGAGGGUGCCAUCUUGAUAGACGGUGUAGACAUUGCCACAAUACGUCUGGAAGAUCUGAGACAGAAGAUAUCUAUUAUACCUCAAGAACCAGUUCUAUUCAGCGGAACAAUGAGAAAAAACUUGGAUCCUUUCGACCAGUAUUCUGAUGACGUAUUAUUAAAUGCUCUGGAGAAAGUUGAGCUCUUGGAUGAGCUAAAUCUAACAGACGCAUUAUACAAGAAAGUAUCGGAUUGCGGUUCCAACUUCAGCGUGGGCGAGCGGCAGCUGGUGUGUUUAGCGCGGGCCAUCGUUAACAACGCGCGAAUACUGCUGCUGGAUGAAGCGACAGCGAACGUCGACGCGCAGACCGACGCGUUGAUUCAGACAGCCAUCCGACAGCAUUUCCGAGCCUGCACCGUGCUGACUGUCGCCCAUAGGCUUAACACCGUCAUUGACUCUGAUAAGAUCCUGGUAUUGGACGGUGGACAUCUCAUGGAAUAUGAUCACCCACACUUGCUGCUGCAGAACAGACAGGGCCACUUCCGCAAGAUGGUGGCGGAGACCGGGCCAGCCAUGGCGCAGAUACUACAAGCCAUGGCUGCUGAGAGCUACAAGAAAUCAAAAACCCAGAACUAGUUUCAUAAAUAUAUUAUUUCUAUGUACAGAACAGUC